ACACACACACACAGCCGGGCUCACACACAGAGCCAGGCUCACACACGCACAGCCGGGUUCACACGCACAGCCAGGCUCAUCGCCCCCCCAAGCCAGGCGUCCCGCAGGGCGAGGAUGUUCGGCAAGAGCGUGGUGCUGCGCAGUGCGGGGGUGCUGGCGGCGGCCGAGCUGGGCUGCCUGGUGCAGGAGGAGGACGUGCUGCGGCACGAAUCCUUCACGGCCGAAUGGAGGGACCUGUCGCUCUCCACCAGGCCCGAGGAGCGCUGCUCCCUGCGGGAGGUGGACGAUCGGCGCAAGGAGACGUACUGGCAGCAGCAGGAGACGCGCUUCGUGGUGCAGCGAUCGCCCUGGCUCAUCAUGCGGCUGGGCCGGCUGGGCGAGCCCCUGGGCCGCUACCACCUACCCUACCAGCGGGCGCUGCCCCUGCCCCUCUUCGUGCCGGCCGACCUGAGCGCCAAGGCCGAGCGGGGAGCCACCCCGCCCCAGCUGCGCCGCAUGAUGGACUUCGAGACGGCGCUGGCCGGGGGUUCCCCGCCCAACGGGCAGUGCCGGGACAAGAAGGCCGUGGCGGAGAUCACCAAGGAGCUGCCCCCCGUCGUCCAGCCCAGCCGGCCCGACUUCGGCAAGGGUGACUUCCCCCGCUCCCUGUCCCGCUCCCUGUCCCAGGAGGCGCAGAGGGGCUGAGGGGCCGGGGCACGGACCUGCCCGUAGGGCUCUGCGUUCCCAGCUCACGGCUCCCCCUGCAUGAGAAAUACCCACGGUGAGCCGGGCAACGCGGGGUUACUGUAGAGGCCCAUCUCUGGGCCAAAGCCAUCCCGGGCGUAAGCUCAGCGAGGUUACGCCGUGGCUGCAUGUGGCUUUUCGAGUUAGACUGUGAGCUCUGUGGGGCCGGGACCAUGGAUUCGUACAGCACCAUGCAUGCUGAUGGAGCUGCAAUUGGAACUCUGUCGCUUUAAGAACGGCCUUCCCGGCUGAGCUGUCAAUCAGCUGUCAGCAAGGCUGUCACAGCAGCUGAUGAUCUUUGGGUCUAACAGCACAGUGGGGGGAGGGAGUGUGGGCUAAUGGUUAGAGCAGUCAGGGGCAGGGAACCAGGACUCCUGGGUUCUAGCCCCAGCUCCGGCAGAGGAGUGUUGGCUAAUAGGUAGAGAAAUGCGGGGAGCUGGGAGCCAGGACUCCUGGGUUCUAGCCCCAGCUCUGGCAGAGGAGCAUUGGGUAGAGGAGUAGCGGGAGCUGGGAGCCAGGACUCCUGGGUUCUAGCCCCAGCUCUGGCAGAGGAGCAUUGGAUAGAGGAGUAGCGGGAGCUGGGAGCCAGGACUCCUGGGUUCUAGCCCCAGCUCUGGCAGAGGAGCAUUGGGUAGAGGAGUAGCGGGAGCUGGGAGCCAGGACUCCUGGGUUCUAUUCCCAGCUCCAGGAGGGGAGUGUGGGCUAGUGGUUAAUGCAAGUGACUGGGAGUGGAGAGAGUGGGGUCCUGUCCCUAGCCUGGGGAAGACCAGUGAUUAAGUGGAGAUGAGGGCAGACCCGGGAGGUUGCAGUUGCCGGCAGGGGGGGAGCACAAGGCGAUGCUCAGCCAGCCGGCGCUGCAGGAGCAGGAUUAGUGCAUGCGGGGGAUGAGUGGCUCCCCCGAGACGUCAGGACAGGGGUGACCCCGGGAGCUCAUUUGCAUCCUCAAUCCCCUGGGGUGAUAUUCUGGGGCAAGGAAUUGACUGUCAGCGUCCCCGUGUUGGGGCACUCGGUGUAUGAGGCUGUCUGGGUAAUAAAAGGAGUAAAGGCGG